AUGCAAUUACACUCUGUGCAUUCCAGAGGCGUUCCUCUGAAUCCUGUGCAGGUCUGCCUGCUGUUCCUGGGAGAAAGGAAGAAAAAGGGAGGAAAAGUCCCUCUGCUUGGAGACGGAAUGUCUGCACUUUCACUUCUCUUUUUAGCUUCCUGUUCUGUUUGGCUGUCCGAGGCUCAGACUGAAUUUAAGAGAGUGGCUGAAGAAAACGUAACUUUGCCCUGCCACCACCGCCUGGGCCUCCUGGAGCAAGGGAGCCUGGAUAUUGAGUGGCUGCUGCACAUUUCCGAAACAGUACAAAAAGCGGUGAUCACUUACUCUGGAGGCCGUGUUUACGAUGACCUGAAUGAGGAACAGAAAGGGCGCGUUUCCUUCACAUCCAACUUCCUUGCUGGAGAUGCAUCCUUACAAAUCAUAUCCCUGCAGUCCAGCGAUGCGGGGAAGUACAUAUGUAAGGUUAAAAAUGCCGGGCAGUAUGAAUGGGCUCGCAUCACCCUGAAGGUUGUAGAAAAACCAUCCAAGCCCAAAUGCUGGCUAGAAGGGGAGCUGUUGGAAGGAAAGGAGCUGUCCUUGCAGUGCCGUUCCGCCUCUGGCACUGCACCCAUCUCCUACCGGUGGCAGCGCAUAAAUGAGGAAGACGCGAGAGCUGAGCAUCUCCCGCCUACAUCAAGAGUCAACAUUUCUAAUCCUGGGCAAGUUCUACUGAAGAAUCUUACGCAGAUGAGCACAGGGUUAUACCAAUGCAUUGCCACCAACGAGGCUGGACAAGAAAGCUGUGACGUUCAGGUGACAGUGCAGCAUGCACAAAAUAUCGGCAUGAUUGCUGGAGCGGUUUGUGGCGUGGUGGUGGGACUUUCCCUCCUUUUCGUGGUGGUGAAGCUGACAAUAAGGAGGAAAGAAAAGAAGAGAUAUGAGGAAGAGGAGGCACCAAAUGAAAUCAGAGAAGACGCAGAGGCACCCAAGGCUCAUCUCGUCAAGCCCAGUUCUUCUUCCUCUGGUUCCAGGAGCUCGCGCUCAGGUUCCUCCUCAACCAGGUCGACAGCCAACAGUGCCUCUCGCAGCCAACGGACUUUAUCAACAGAAGCUACUCCCCAUCUAACUCCUCCUCAGUACAGCCAGAGGGAGACAGAAGGAAAAGAAAUUGAGCCAAAGAAAGUUGACUACACCAACCUGAUGAAAAUGGGAGCGACGCUGGUCAUGGUGCCUGCCCAAAGCCGAGCGUUCCAGACCGUGUGACUGCUCGCCAGCUGUCUGGAGACUCCUGCUGUCCAGAAACACUUCACAUAACACCAGCCACAUAGGAAUUGUUAGAUUAGCUAGUUAUCUUCCUGGUCAGCUUCAUUUUAAUCACUUGUGAUUUUUCACACCACAAGAAGCCCUCCCACUCAACUUUCUUAUAUCUUCCAGCACUGAGGUUCUGAUACAGAAUUUUUUUUUUUUUCUUAAGAAAGAUACAUUUGAGGGAAAAGGGAGCCUUCUUUUUAAAUUAUCUUUUUUUGGAAAUGGAACACUGAGCAUUUUAAAACUACAACAGCUAAGCGCUGUACAAAUGAAAUGAAGCCAAACCUCAGGAUUUUUUAAAAGGGAUCAACAGAGACAUAAAGAAGCAUAGUACACCAGAGAGGUUUUGUGGGGAGGGAAAAAGUCUCCUGUACCGGUUUUGCAGAACUUUCUCAAAGAUGCAUUGUCUUAUGUGAAGAUUUUGAGGCAGACUCUCUGCUGAGGGUAGUCUGGUGUUCAACCUCAAAGGGAACUGACAGACGCUUCACCUUUUCUGCGUUCAGUCUUCUAGUGAAAUACUUUUGGAGGCUGUCACUGAAGUGGAAAUGAAAGGAUCACUCAAAAAGGUCAAGAGAUGUGGUAUUAAGGCAUGUGUCUGAACUAACCUCUGCACUAAAGAGAAAGGACCCUUUAUGUCACGGAAACAGAGGUGCUUUAAUUGCUAGAAUAACCUUAAUGAUGCACCCACAGAGAUACGCCCAGGAGCCUGACUCUGCUUUUGUGGUCAGCACUGCAAAGCCGCAGUGACUCCACUGGAGGGGUACCUGUGGCAAAUGAGCCUUAGUGUGAUGAGAAUUGGGCACUGAAUCCAGAAUGAAGGCGGUACCUCAAACGUGAGGGCCACUAAUCUACCAAAAAGCCUGGACGAAGCAUUUGGAAGAUAUCUUUGCUAUCACCAGGCUGUGAAUUCGCCAGUUUUGGGGUGAGCCAUGCUGUAGAAGCCUUAUGGAGAGCUCUUCCCAAGACUGAACGAACAGCAUUCUUGAGCUGACCUUCAGGCAUCCAGGUAAGACUGAAAGAUAGAGUGACAGAGCCCGUAGCGAGGAAAAUACACCAGGGACAGGUAAACAACCACAGUGCUGCUUCCAUUAAAAAACAUUUGUGUGCAAUGUCCCAUUUAUACACCAAAUGCUGGGCCACAUGCUGUUGUUGAGGCUUAAACCUUAGCAUGACUCUUAAAGAACUGCAAGAAUCAUAAAAAUAUUUUCUGUGAAUAAAUGAGCCAGAAUAAACGUUUCCAAGGAAUAAAGUCUUACACUUCAAGUUGAAGGCCGAUAGGAAAUGAUGGGAGAUGGGGACAGGCUUCCUCUGGAGGCAGACGCUUGCAUAAUUGUCAUUUAUAUUUUCCUCUGAAGGACUUUGACCACUGCUACACAAAAGACACUGAGCUUGUCGGUUCUAGAUUCCUGUAUUCCUGGACUGAUGAUUUUCUAAUUAAAAAAAAAUGAGGGGGUGGGGUUUUUUUGGGUUUUUUUCAUUUGAGG